AUGGAACACAUGACAAGUAUCGGAGAUGGAGUGAAUGAUGAAAAUGUGUUGUUUGGGAUGAUGGAAAGUGGCGGUGGUGGAGGUGGUGGCGGUGGUGGUGGUAAUGAUGACGUGAGUUUGAAGAAAGGUCCUUGGACAACGGGAGAGGAUGCAAUUUUGAUAGAUUAUGUAACAAAACAUGGUGAAGGGAAUUGGAAUGCAGUUCAAAGAAAUACAGGUUUAAAUCGUUGUGGGAAAAGUUGUAGGCUUAGAUGGGCUAAUCAUUUAAGACCUAAUUUGAAAAAAGGUGCAUUUUCUCAUGAUGAAGAGAAACUCAUUGUUGAACUUCAUGCUCAGUUUGGUAACAAAUGGGCUCGAAUGGCUGCAUUGUUACCAGGACGAACAGACAAUGAGAUCAAGAAUUAUUGGAACACAAGAAUCAAACGUCGUCAACGACAAGGUCUUCCUCUAUAUUCGGACGAACAUGAUCGUCCGAACACACCACCAACACCUUCACCGUGUGUUACACCAACAGGAUCAAACCUUAAUAACAACCUCACCCCGAAAUUCGAGUUUUUCAACCAAUAUCAUCAACAACAACAUCAUCUUCAACAACAACAACAUCUUCAUCCUUUGUCUCCAACAACAACUCAUCAUCAUUCUCCUCUCUCUUCACCACUCCAACAUAGACAACAACAACAUCAACAACAUUCUUAUUCUCCUCACACAUUCUUGGACACUUCAUCAUCUUCUUUGCCUUCACUUUCGCCACUUUCCUUCACUUUUCAAAGACCUGCACCACUCUUAUCUACGCCGCUUCGCUUCAAACGCUAUCGUUCUACGCCAAAUUUCGGACUAAUCCCGAAUUCCAUGACACAAAAUUGCUCUUCUUCACUCAACGAUCCUUCUUUAACUUCAAAUCAUCAUCAUCAUCAUCAUAAUCAUCAUGACAGCUUCCGGUUUCCAAUGCAGUACAACUCGAGUUUUUCUCAAUAUUUUCAUACUCCUUUGAUAGAAUCCGAUCUAGGAGUUUCUUCUUCUUCGUCUUCGCCUUUCUUAACGAAGUUGGAGCUACCUUCAAACCAAUAUUUAAGAACACACUCAGAACAAGAUGUUAAGGCUAAUAUUGAUUUCAAUGAUCCAAAUAAUAGUAUCUUAAUGGGAGAUAUUUUAAUGGAAGCACAAACCCUAGCAUCUGGUCAAAAUUCAAAGAAGAGAAAUUACUUAAGCUUAAAUGAAGGAAAUGAUAUGUUUAAUGGAUGUCAAAGCAUUGAUGAUUUUACACUAAGCUCUAUUUAUUGGCCUUCUAAUUCAGGACAAAAACCAAAGGAAGAAGCACCAGAUCUAAGCAAAUUUAUGGAUGAUGAAUUGUCAACAAUGCUAACAGUGAUGCCUUCAUCAACAUUACAAAUUCAAGAUUGGAAUAACAAUAAUAAUAAUAAUAGUAAUAAUGAUAAUAAUAAUGAUAAUAAUAAUAAUAAUAAUGCAUUAGAAGUGAGCAAUGUUCAAUCUUCUAGUGGUGUGUUGGCAGAUGAAGAUUUUGGACUCGAUAUUAAGCCUAUAGCUUCAUUGUUUCCUCUUACAAAUACUACAAACAAUGAUAAUAAUAAUGAAAACAAUGGUUGCUACACUUGGGACAAUUUAUCUGGACUAUGUUGA